AUGUCGUUCCUUAAUGGAGCAGUUCUUCCAUUAGGAUACACAUAUAAUCCCGACGGUGCUUCAUUCAGCCGCGUUCAUUUUUCAAAAAAAGAAGCAAUGAGGAUCCUCGAUGGAUUGCUCUGGAUAGGAAUACUACUGGGUGCCUUGCGAUUAUCAGAAUCCACCGAUGAUUGUGAUGAUGCUCCAGACGAGUCCGUAAAGAGCACUUGCAGGCAAAUUGAAAAAUGGGAUAAAAAUACAAGAAACAUCACCGUAGCACCAGUUCCAAGCGCGAGGAAAUCUACUGAAAGAAAACAUACAAAAACAGUCUAUGAAUGCAUGGAUACCUCAUGUUUAUGUAACUUCUACGGAAGAGGUCUCUUCCACCAAUGCCGAUUCAAUAAAGUGGUUCGUAAGGAGUAUCGCGUGAUGAGUGACGACGAAAGGAAUAGGUAUCACAAGGCUUUGUGGACUAUAAAAAAUAAUGGUAGAUAUGACCAACUUACUCAAGUACAUUCGCAAUACACCCUAUCACCGGGUGCUCACUCGGGACCUGGGUUUCUUCCGUGGCAUCGUGAAUUCCUAAAAAGGUUAGAGUUCGUCAUCAGAGAAGUUGAUCCCACGGUCGCGUUGCCCUAUUGGGACUCAACUUUGGACUCAUCAAUUCCUGACCCAUCUAAGUCUGUUCUAUGGAGUGAUGAAUUGAUGGGAUCACAAGACAGUGAUGGUCAAAUGCGUAGAGGAGCGUUUAAAGGGUGGUAUACCUCUGACCAUACCCGUUAUUUUAAACGCAACAUCGGUGCUAAAGGGCAGCUACUAAUAGGAAGCGUUGUUUCAAAUUUGAUUAAUGGUGGAACCCUACGCGAUAUCCUCUCUUUCACUGCACGAAGUCAAUAUUGUUCGGAACGUGCCGGAUGGGGAGCGCUCGAAUACAUCCAUGGUGGUCCUCAUGUGUACACAGGAGGUGACAUGGAAUACAUCCCAAUCUCCACUAAUGACCCGUUGUUCUUCAAUCACCAUUGCAUGAUUGAUCUCAUCUGGGAACAAUGGCGCCAGAAACAUCAGACAGAGCGAGAACGUGAAACUUCAUAUCCACCAGACAACGAAGCAUGUAGCAGCAGUGCUCAUUAUGGCAACGUCCAAAUGGUACCAUUCUAUCCGUUUACUAAUCGUGACGGAUUAUCCAAUAAAUACACAGGUAAUUUGUACGAAUAUGCUCCGAGACCAACGUGUUCACAAUCCAAACCGAAUGGAUGUGGUUCUAAGUACCUUUUCUGUGAUUUUUCACAUGGUACUCCGCGAUGUGCAUCGAAAAUCAUGCUCGGAGGACGAUGUGAUGGUUACAACUCUAAUGAGCAGCAGUGUUAUGGCGGUGUAUGCCAUAACGGUUACUGUACAAAGAAAUCACCGGAACCAAAACCAACAACUCCUCCUCGUGUUAAUGAGACGUGCUUCAACGAAAACCAGUGCUGUGAACCAUGGGCCCAGCGUGGCGAAUGUCGCAAUAAUCCAUCAUAUAUGACUAGUAAAUGUAAGGCCAGCUGUGGAAUUUGUACUCCGACUACCUACUCACUCAGUAACUCUUUCGGAAAGUGCGUGAAUCUAUACAGAGACUGCAGGGCCAUGUUUCUUAGAGAUGCUGAGGCAUUACUCGAAGAAUGGGUGUUCUCUCUGUUUGCCCCAGCAGCUAUCAAAGAUUGA